AUCAACCAUGUCUUCCUCUUCAACCCCUAGAACGCUAUACGACAAGAUCUGGGACGAUCAUGUCGUUCAUGACAAAGGGGGUGGACUGGCUUUGAUUUACAUUGAUCGUCAUCUGGUACACGAAGUAUCAAGCCCGCAGGCGUUUGAGGGUCUGCGAGAUACUGGCCGCCGUUUGAGGCGUCCCGACUGCACCCUCGCAACGGUAGAUCACAAUGUUCCAACAGCGCCUCGCGAGGAGCAUCUUGGCCUCGACUCCCUUGUUCCAGAACCGGAAUCCCGCGCUCAGUGUGCGGCUCUGGACAAAAACGUCAAGGACUUCGGCCUAGCGUACUUUGGUAUCAAGGACAGACGGCAAGGCAUCGUCCAUGUCAUCGGCCCUGAACAGGGCUUUACGCUUCCUGGCAUUACAUGCGUCUGUGGCGACUCGCACACUUCCACCCAUGGUGCCUUCGGCGCUCUCGCUUUUGGAAUCGGCACAUCCGAGGUCGAACACGUCUUCGCCACCCAGACCCUCUGGCAGCGCAAGUCCAAGAAUAUGCGCAUUAACGUCGAGGGAACCCUUGCGGAAGGCGUCACAUCCAAAGAUGUUAUUCUACACAUCAUCGGCCAGAUCGGCACCGCUGGCGCCUCUGGCUGUGUCAUCGAGUACGCGGGCACCGUGAUCCGCUCGCUGAGCAUGGAGGCGCGCAUGAGCAUCUGCAACAUGAGCAUUGAAGCUGGCGCACGCGCGGGCAUGAUCGCGCCCGACGAUGUCACGUUCUCGUAUCUCAAGGGCCGGCCGCUCGCGCCGAAGGGCGAGGUGUGGGAUAAGGCGGAGGCGUACUGGCGGUCGAUUGCGAGCGAUGAGGGCGCCAAUUUCGACAUAGAGAUCACGAUCGAUGGGGCGAGCAUCUCUCCGACGGUGACGUGGGGUACGUCGCCGCAGCACGUUGCGCCCAUCACGGGCGUUGUUCCCGACCCAGCGACCAUGGAAGAUCCUGCGAGACGCGAGAGCGCGGAGCGGGCGCUCAAGUACAUGGGUCUCGAGCCUGGUACGCGCAUGCAGGACAUCGCUAUCGAUAAGGUGUUCAUCGGUUCGUGCACGAACAGUCGGAUUGAGGACCUGCGGUCCGCUGCCAAAGUUCUCGCUGCUGCUGGGGAGAACGCACGUGUUGCUCCAAACUUGCUUGCCAUGGUCGUUCCGGGCUCUGGGCUCAUCAAACAGCAGGCAGAGGCAGAAGGGAUCGCGGCUGCCUUCCAGCGUGCCGGAUUCCAGUGGCGAGAGGCGGGAUGUUCGAUGUGCGUCGGCAUGAACGCCGACCAGCUCGACCCUGGGAAGCGCUGCGCUAGCACGAGCAACCGCAACUUUGAGGGCCGCCAAGGUCCCGGGGGACGCACGCACCUCAUGAGCCCUGCGAUGGCCACUGCAGUUGCGCUCACGGGCAAACUCACGGAUGUCCGUAGCUUCACGCUUCCUGGCGCCGAGGCCGGGGCUGCACCUCUGUCUGUCAGCUUCGAGCAGCAGACCGGCGCAAACGCGUCCAAGACCGCCAUUCGCGUGCACCACGAUGCUCCUAUACCUAGCUGGCCUGCCCCCGAGUCCGAGUCCGCUCAAGAGGAUUCCGCUGACGGCGCCCAGAAGUCGACUGGGUCGACGCCAAUGGAGCCGUUUGUCGUCCUCCGUGGACUUGCUGCGCCGAUGCACUUGUCCAAUACCGACACGGACCAGAUUAUCCCUAAGCAGUUCUGCAAGACACUCAAGCGGACAGGACUCGCCAAGGGCUUAUUCUACUACCAGCGGCAGCACCCCGGCGUCGAGCCAGAACCUGGCGUCACCUUCCCCAGCGAGCCGUUCGUGCUCGACACCGAGCCGUAUACACGCGCCAAGAUUAUCGUCUCUACGGGUGUUAACUUCGGUUGUGGAAGUUCGCGCGAGCAUGCUGUGUGGAGCUUCAAGGACUUUGGCAUCCGAUGCAUCAUCGCCCCAUCCUUUGGCGAGAUCUUCUUCAACAACAUGAUGCAAAACGGUAUGCUCGCCAUCGUCCUCCCACAAGACGCUUGUCGCAUGCUCGCAGGCGACGCAGAGCAAGGCCUUGAGCUCGAGGUCGACCUCGGCAAGCAGGAGGUCCGUCGCGUCGGACGCGCGGACGGUACCGCAGCGGUGUCGUUCGCAACGGAGGCAUCGAGGCGUGACAUGCUUCUCACCGGUGUUGAUGAGAUCGGGCAGACUCUUCAGCUCGAAGAACACAUCGACGUGUUUGAGCAGAAGCGUGCGGGGAGCCAGCCGUGGCUUGGUGGGUUUAAGAAGAAGCGUGUGGAUAUCCCUACUAGUGCUUCGAGCGGGAGCACCGAUUGGUAG